GUAUAUACUACAUCUACCGUUCUGUGAACGAAUAUUUACUAUAUAAAAUAUCAUUUUUAUUGAGAUUACCAAGUUUUAAAAUUAUUUUUCACUAAAAAAAUAAUAGCAAUUUUCUGGAUAAUUAAUCUUCUCCAUAAUGUAAGACUGAUUUAUGUUGGCAGACUAUUGGAAAUCAAAUCCCAAGCAUUUUUGUGAAUUUUGUAAUUGUUGGUUUGCUGAAAACAAAUCGAGCGUUGAACACCAUGAGCAAGGCAAACGUCACAAGGAAAACGUUCAAAAAAGAUUACGAGAGUUGGGAGAGUUGGGUAAACAACAAGACAAGGAUAAGCAGUUUAUGAGUAAUUCACUAAUGGCAAUGGAGCAGGCUGCAAUGAGGGCUCUACAAAAAGAUAUCACUAAAAAUCCUAAUAUGGCUGGUGCCUAUGGAGUUAGAUUUAAAGACUCGACAUGCAAUUACGUCCCUAUACCAGAAAUGGCUACAGAAGAGCCAGGCGCUUCGAAAAGACAAAAAGUAGAGGCAACUGAAUCAAUAACAAUUCCACAAGUUCAAGAAUUUAUCCCAAAACCGAAAGCUGAGCCAUCAGCAUUAGUUAAAGACUUAACUAAUGCAGCUUUGGCCGCAGAAUCGUUAAGAGAAGGAGAAUGGCAAGAAUUGAAAUCAAAUGAAGGUUACACGUACUACUGGCACACUGGUACAAAUGCUGUACAAUGGGAACCUCCUGAAGGUUUUAUACCCACGGAAGAGUUACAAGAAAUACCUCUGCCAUCUGGUAGCUGUCCAAUAGAGCCACCAAUGCCACCAGAACAGAUGGCACCUCCAAUACCACCAGUAAAAUUAGAGAAACCCGAAGCAUCCGAUCCACAACCGGACAAUAGUCAAUUUGAUUACCUUGCAGUAAAAUCUGAACCAACGUACAGUGCACAAGACAUAAAACCUGAGCCAUUAGAAAGUAAUAUUGUAAAAACAGAAGAAGAAGAAGAAGAAUCUGAUAUACCUCCAGCUUUCUUGACACUUGCCCCCCAAAAAUCUAAUACGGAUUUACCAUAUGGUACUUGGCAAACAGUUAGAGAAAGCCAAGCUGCACCUAUUGACUUAGGUCUCCCUGAAGUUGUACAGAAAAAAUCCAACCAAAAAAUUAUUAAAUUGGAAGAUUCAAAAUUUACUAUUCGUGAGAAGAAAGCCAAUACGUUUAGUAAAGAAUUUGAGGAAUUUAAAAAACGAAAAUUAGCUUCAAAAAAGAAACCCAACUUAAGGACUAGUAGAGAAAGAACUGAUUGA